GGCUCCCGGCGUGGGAAGAGACGGCGGGGCGGCGGCGGCGGCGGCGCCAUGGAGCCACGGGAGGUGAAGGACCGGAUCCUGGAGAACAUCUCGCUGUCGGUGAAGAAGCUACAGAGCUACUUUGCUGCUUGUGAGGAUGAGACCCCCGCCAUCCGGAACCAUGAUAAGGUUCUGCAGCGACUGUGUGAGCACUUGGACCACGCCCUACUCUAUGGACUGCAGGACCUCUCAUCUGGCUACUGGGUGCUCGUGGUACAUUUCACCCGGAGAGAAGCCAUCAAGCAGAUCGAGGUGUUGCAGCAUGUGGCCACCAACCUGGGGCGCAGCCGGGCCUGGCUGUACUUGGCCCUCAAUGAGAACUCGCUAGAGAGCUACCUGCGGCUGUUCCAGGAGAACCUGAGCCUACUGCACAAGUACUAUGUCAAGAACGCCCUGGUCUGCAGCCAUGAUCACCUGACUCUGUUCCUGACGUUGGUGUCUGGGCUAGAGUUCAUCCGGUUCGACCUAGAUCUGGAUGCCCCUUACUUGGACCUGGCCCCCUACAUGCCUGACUACUAUAAACCUCAGUACCUGCUGGACUUUGAAGACCGCCUUCCUAGCUCAGUCCACGGCUCGGACAGCCUUUCUCUCAACUCCUUCAACUCCGUCACAUCCACCAACCUGGAGUGGGACGACAGUGCAAUUGCCCCAUCCAGUGAGGAUUAUGAUUUUGGAGAUGUGUUUCCAGCAGUGCCGUCUGUACCCAGCACAGACUGGGAAGACGGAGACCUCACAGACACGGUCAGUGGCCCCCGCUCCACGGCCUCAGACCUGACCAGCAAAGCUUCCACCAAGAGUCCCAGCCAGCACUACAGCCACUUCCCUGAGGACCAGGGAGAGGGCGUGUCCUCCUCUGACACCACCCCUGUGCACACAGCCUCUCUGGACCUGCCAGAGGCCUGCACCCAGCUGGAAGUCAUCAGGGUCACCAAGAAGAAGAGAACUGGCAAGAAGAAGAAAACCAAAUCAGAUGAGGAAGCAAGUCCCCUUCACCCAGCCUCUGCCCAGCAGACGUGCACCAGGCACGAGGAUGAUGCAGGCCUCAGGCAGGACUCACCAGAUGCCACCCUGGCCUUGCCUCCAGAGGAGGGCAGGGGGUCCAGCAGCACAGCUGUGAGCAGCGAGUCGACUCUCGGCCACAUGGGCCUCCUCAUCCCCGCAAUGAAGGAUACCUCCAUGGAGCGCGUGGGACAGCCUCUGAGCAAGGUCAUUGACCAGCUUAAUGGGCAGCUGGACCCCAGCACCUGGCAUUCCCACCCACAGCCCCCGGACCAGUCCUUUCGGACCGGCUCUCCCGGGGACGCCCCGGAGAACCCACCAUUUUGCGACUUUAGUGAGGGGCUUCCAGCCCCCAUGGACUUCUACCGCUUUACCGUUGAGAGUCCAAGCACUGUUGCAUCAGGUGGUGGCCACCAUGACCCUGCAGGGCCUGGCCAACCGCUACAUGUUCCUGGUAGCCCUGCGGCUGUUGGCCAAGAAGAGGAGGGAGGAAGAAGAGGAGAGGGACAGGCGCCCGGACCCCUAGAGGACAGCCAAGUGGAGGCUCGGGAGCCAGAGGCUCAGGAACUGGAGGCCCACUUGCCACUGGUCAGUGAGGGGCUGGUGCCUGAGCCGGAGCCUGGGACCCAGGAGGCCCUCUGCCAGGUCAAGCAAGAGCAGCCCAGCCCGGGUCUGAGUAGUGCAGAAGACUCCGGGGUGGAUGAGGGGCAGGGGAGCCCUUUGGAGUUGCUCCACUCGUCAGAGUUCAGAGUGGACAACAAUCACCUGCUCCUGCUGAUGAUUCACGUGUUUCGAGAAAACGAAGAGCAGCUGUUCAAAAUGAUCCGGAUGAGCACCGGACACAUGGAGGGCAAUCUACAGCUGCUGUAUGUGCUGCUCACAGACUGCUCCAUCUAUCUGCUCCGCAAAGGGGCCACAGAGAAGCCAUAUCUGGUGGAAGAGGCCGUGUCUUACAAUGAGCUUGACUAUGUGUCGGUCGGCCUCGACCAGCAGACAGUGAAGCUGGUGUGCACCAACCGCAGGAAGCAGUUUCUUCUGGACACAGCUGACGUGACCCUGGCUGAAUUCUUCUUGGCUUCUUUGAAGUCAGCCAUGAUCAAAGGCUGUCGGGAAGCACCCUACCCCAGCAUCCUGACCGAUGCCACCAUGGAGAAGCUGGCCCUUGCCAAGUUUGUGGCCCAGGAAUCUAAGUGUGAGGCGUCCGAUGUUACUGUUCGCUUCUACGGGCUUGUGCACUGGGAAGACCCCACAGAGGAGUCCUUGGGCCCAGUCCCCUGCCACUGCUCACCCCCCGAGGGCACCAUCACCAAAGAAGGCAUGCUGCAUUACAAGGCCGGUACCUCCUACCUGGGCAAGGAACAGUGGAAAACCUGCUUCAUGGUACUCAGCAACGGAAUCCUCUACCAGUAUCCAGACCGCACUGAUGUCAUCCCUCUGCUCUCGGUGACUAUGGGGGGGGAGCAGUGCGGUGGCUGUAGGAGGUCCAACACCACGGAUCGGCCCCACGCCUUCCAGGUCAUCCUCACUGACCGGCCCUGCCUGGAGCUCAGCGCUGACAGCGAGGCCGAGAUGGCCGACUGGAUGCAGCACCUCUGCCAGGCCGUGUCCAAGGGGGUCAUCCCCCAGGGGGUCGCGCCCAGCCCCUGUAUCCCCUGCUGCCUGGUGGUCACCGAUGACUGCCUCUUCACAUGCCACGAGGAUUGCCAGACCAGCUUCUUCCGCUCCCUGGGCAUAGCCAGACUGGCCGACAUCAGCGCUGCAUCCUCUGAGCCAGGCAAAGAGUACUGUGUUCUGGAGUUCUCUCAGGACAGCCAGCAGCUCCUCCCUCCCUGGAUCAUCUACCUGAGCUGCCCUCCUGAACUGGACCGCUUCCUGUCUGCACUGGGUGCUGCGUGGAAGACCAUCUACCAGGUGGACCUGCCACACAAGGCCAUCCAGGAAGUCUCCAGCCAGAAGAAAUUUGAGGAUGCCCUGAGCCUCAUCCACAGCGCCUGGCAGCGGAGUGACAGCCUGUGCCGCGGCAGAGCCUCCAGGGACCCCUGGUGCUGA